AUGAGCUUAAACAACUUUUAUAAUGAUUUCAACUCAAACACAUAACAACAACCUUAAUAACAAGGCGGUUUUCCCACUUAGUUCGGAAAUAAUUAAUUCAAUUAAUAUGCUAGCACUGCCAAAAAUUUGUUCACAGCUUUUGGCCCUCAAUUAAUCCCAGACAAUAUCAUUCCAACAGGAAACUUUGCUGAAAAAUGGAUAUUUAAUUCAUAUGUUAGAUCAUUCUUUGAUAUUGAUAAUAUGUACAUCCUCCGUAAAAUGAAACUCAUUCUCUUUCCUUUCCUAUAAAGAGGUGAAUGGGAAGUGAAGGUUAAUGAAUACGCCUCUUCUUCUCAAGAGUAGAAUUUUAUAUCUCCUAAAGAUAAUCCUCACUCUCCUGAUUUAUACUUGCCACUUAUGGGUUUAAUUACUUUUGUUUUGGUUUCUUGCCUCUCAGUUGGUAUUGGUGAUAACUUUUAACCUGAAAUUAUCUAAAGAAAUACUAGCUACUGCUUAUUCAUAACUUUUAUAGAAAUUUAUCUUUACAAGUUCUUAUUCUUCCUCGUUGGUAUUAAAAACAUUGGUAUCCUCAACAUGCUCAGUCAUCUUUCAUAUAGAUUCCUUUCCCUCACUUGCAUUCUAAUCUGUAACUUGAGCUUUGGAGGAUGGUUUACCUUUAUUUUAAUGGUUUAUCUUCUAACAACAUCUGUAUUCUUUAUUUUUAAGACCUUAAAGAGAUAUAUCUAGACCAUGUCUGAUAGUUUUGGUGAGGUAAAUUUCCAAGAGUUAUCUUAAAAGAAUAUUUUAUAUUUGAUGUCUAUAAUCUAGCUAGCAGUAUCUUAUCUUUUAUUAAAAAUUACUAAUGCAUAUUGA